UAUCUAUCAUGUGAGUAGACAGCAUGUGAAGAUGCUGUGAUGAUGGUUCAAAGAGCAGAGUUUUGCUUUACAGAUCAACUUACAUUUCAACGUCUCAUUAAGUUAAAGCAAUGGCCUCCAACUAUGAAAGUUCAAUUCAUGGAGGAUCAGAUGUGUUCUUUGACUUUUCUUGCUUCUACUGUCAGGAAAAUGACAAGAACACAGAGGCUGAAUUUUACUGUGAGAAAUGUUCCAAGUCAUUUUGUGGGAAAUGUGUGGAGCUCCAUAACACACUUUUCAAAAAGCAUGCAGCUUUGGGCAAGAAAAACAUCAGCCAGUGGCCAGAGACCAAUGUGGAUGCACUAGAGCAAUGUCAGGAGCACAAGACAGAAAAACUGACAGGAUUCUGUGAGGACCACAAUCAGCUGACAUGUCACAUCUGCCAUAUCUACAAUCAUCAAAAAUGCAGUCCUGUGAUACUCAUAGCUGACAGAGUGAGAAAUCUUCACCAAAAAGGAGACUUUAAUCUGUUGUCAGCAAAUCUGGUUAUAUUAAAUAGACAGUUGAAUCAGAAGAAAGAUGACUUUGAGGAAAGAAUGAAGUCCCUUGAACAAUCCUACAAUACAAUUCUGGAAGAAAUCAAUGCUUUACGCAAGAAAGUUAAUGAUGCUUUGGAUGAACUGGAGAGAAAUACUGUUAAGGAGUUGGACACACUACUGGCGAACAUGAAGAUGUCCAUUCAAACAGACAUUGAAAACUGCACAGAUUCCAUCAAACAUAUGACAUGUGUACGAGAAGAUUGGCUGAGAAGAAAAAAUAAAAGUGAAGCAGUGAAUUUUACCAUGUAUAGGAAAUGCCUUGACCAGUCUCUAAAGACUAAAGCAGUUUUACAAGCAAUGAAUACAAAGAAUGAGAGGACUCUGACCUUUAAUCCUGCUACAACCAUCCAACAAACACUAUCCAGCCUCUCAGGAUUGGGACAAAUACUCGAUAAAGUGAAACAAUCACAACCUGCUAAAAUCAUAAUACAAAACACAGAGACCAGGCAAGAAAAGCCUAACUCUUGCAACACAGUGCCCAUUCAACAUUGCCAAACAAGUGAUGCGACCAAACCAUCAAUGAUAUGUGAUCUCAAUCAAGUCAUCAGAGUGAAGAGUACCGGUAGUAGAAUUUAUUCAGUCAGAGUAAGCAGUGACGUCAAGAAAAGCAUAUCUGGUAUCUGUGGCAUCAGUGAGACAGCCACUAGAAAACUCCUCAUCACAGAUCGGGGUUACAUGAAAGUUAAGCUCCUGGAUCAGUCCUAUAAGGUGGUGGCCCACUGUGACUUGCCUGGAACACCACUGUCCAUGUGUAGCCUUGACUCUAAUCUAGUGGCUGUUGCUCUGUAUAACUGUGAGGUCCAUUUCAUCAGAGUGACCAAUAGUCAGCUAGUAAAGGACAGGAUGUUGAAACUCCAACAUGGCUGCAGGGGUAUUGCCCAUCACCAGGGUAACCUGUACAUUACAGAUUGUAGUGCUCUGUAUCACUAUACUGUGGAUGGAGGACUGGUGAGCAAGAUGUACGAGGAUAGCUCAGGAUCUAUGACAGUAACCUCCUGUGCAGUGAGUCCAGAUGGAGACAGGAUAUACAUAGCAAACUUGAACAAAAAUAAGCUGGUCACUCUAUCCAAGGAUGGCACAGUAAUCUCCACAUUCACUGACCCUGCACUGAACUGGGGAUGCGGAGAUGUCCCACCUGGCCUCCAUGUGACAGACUCAGGACAAGUUCUGGUGUGUGGAGGGUGCACAAUCCUCCAGGUGGACAGGAAUGGGAGACAGAUACUGGCGGAGGUGAUCACACAGAAGGAUGGUGUGGCUAAACCUACAUCUGUUUUCUACAGUACGCACACACUGACAGGCUCACUCAUUGUGGGAAUGAAUAGAAAUGAUGACGUGUUAGUGUUUAAGGAACAGUGACUGUUGGAGUAGGAUGAUGUUCAUUUAUAAUCAUUUACAUAUUCAUACAAACAGUUGACCAAGAAUACAGGCUUGUAUACUCUGUUAUUUUAAGACACAGGGACAGUUGGAAUAAGACAUAUUCAAUAUUCUCUGAAUAAAACUGUAACCUAUUUUCCAUGAAACCAGUUUUUACCAUAACAGUAUUAAUCUGAACUUGUAACUGAAAUAUGCUCACAACUAAUUUGCACAAAAAACAACUAAUUACUUUAAUCAAAACAAGGUUUUAAUGGAUUGUAUGCAUAUUUUAGAAUAGUCUAUUUAAAUAAUACUUUUGUGAGAAUUAAUUUUUCUUAUUGUUUAUGAAUAUAUAGAGGAUAUUUGUUGGAUUCGGUGGAUUAUCGAUUUUAAUUCACGAGUGAUCAUAGAAAAUAAUAUUUUCACGAGUGGAGCAGCCACGAGUGAAAAUAUAUAUUUUCUAUGAUCACGAGUGAAUUACAAUAGAUAAUCCACUGAAUCCAACAAAUUUUCUUUUUAUUUAAUGCAUUUUUCACAGUUUAUAUACAUUGUUCAAGAGUUUAACUAACGAAUUUUGCUGGGAUAAUGACUUCAUUUCGUCAAAAAAAUGACGUCAUUUCACAGUAAACAAUGAAAAUAAUCAAUAAUUCUCACUGAUAAUUUUCACUGUUUGAAACAGUGAAAUUAUCAGUUUUAAUUUACUGAUAUUUCUCUAUAAACCAUCGGAAAGCAUUAAAUAAAAGAGUGAUAUUUUUCAUGAUGAGCAUGUUAAGUACUUAAGUUAAUAUUUUUAUGAAUAUUAUCUGAUCCAGUGUGUCACGCUUUGUUCCAAUUUGUCCAUAUGAUACCUAACAAAUGACACAUCAAAUAAAAUCAAUAUGAAACUCUGCCAGCAAUAAAAUGACAUGGAUUUGAAAUCAUAGAUAAGCAUUACCAGUAAGUCUUAAACCAUAUCAAAAGUUGUUUACUCUAGGCAGUCAUCAACAUCAAAGUAUUGAUCUUAGAAAGUUGCAGUCAUCAACAUCAAAGUAUUGAUCUUAGAAAGUUUCAGAGAUGCAAUGUAUGGAUCAAUAAAAAGAGUCCUUAGUCACCCUUUUCAAUGACUAAACCUUGAUAACCAUACAUGCAAAGUUUUGUUUCAAAGAAAUUAAAAGUGCAAAGUUUUGUUCUAGAAACAUAAGGUGUUUAACCCAAUGUAGUUUUACUAUUUCUAUAAAUUGAACCCUAUGUAGUCUCAAAGAGGCAAAGUCUUGGCCCAUUCAUAGCAGAUACUAUAGCAAACAUAGUUGAAAAUAUACAAAUUCAAUAGUGUUUUGUUGGUCAAAUAUGCGGCCCAUUUCCCAAUAUAAAAAAAUAUACAAAAAAUUAUGUUUCCCAAAUGACUGCAUACAAUUCCCUAUUGAUGGUUUCCAACUAAUAAAUACAUGUUUAAAUUUUCAUAUUUUUAGCAACAGUGACCUUGACCCAACUGGCCCCAAAUGCAACCCAAUGCCAGAGAUAGGAGUCAUGCACGCACUUGAAUUCCUGAAGUAGUUACAGAAAUAUAGAGGAUAUUUAUUGAUAUUUCUUAAAGAACAUCACAAUAUAUUAUUUAUUGUCAUUAUAUGUGUGUGGUGUAGCUAUAGUUUUGUUGAUAUGUGUCAAGGAUUUCUUGGUAAAUAAAAGUUUUUGAUAAUAUU